GAAAAAAGAAGAGGAGGAGGAGGAGGAGGAGGAGGAGGUGGAGGAGAAAGACAAACUGAAAAAGGAAAAAAGUCUUUCUCGGUGACCUGAUGGUGCUCUCGUGACGUGUAUUAAUAAUAAAAGAAUAAUCGAAAUACUAAAUAGAAAUAAACGGUUUAAAUUUAAGUAAGACCGACAGGAUUAAAGGAGGUGUAUGUCCCGAGUGUUGUUGCAUCGGUGUGUGUCCGAGUUCGGAGUGCGGUAGAUAAGUGUAACGCGUCGGGUGCGUGCGUGCGUGCGUGCGUUAGUCGCUCGCGUGUACGUACGUGCGUGCGCAUGUGUAGGCGUAAGGUUCGUUCGCGAGUAACGAGCGGCAACGGUGGUGGUGGUGGUGGUGGUGAUAGCGGUAGCGGUCGAGAGUUGCUGCCUUCGUGAAGGCUAAAAGAGAAGGAAAGUUUUUCGUUUUCUCUUCUAACACAUUUGCAAAGUAGAGUGAAAGAGGAGGAGGCGAAGGUGGAGGAGGAGGAGGAAGGAGGAGGAGGAGGAGGAGGUGGAAGGAGGAGUUAAUGAAAAUUCUGAGAAGGUAGAAAUUCGUCAGACUCCUGGGAUAAAGGAGGAGGGACGACUGUCUUUCGCGGUGAAUCUGGUGGGAAGAGAGAAGGUGUUUACCGGUGUUAAGGAAAAACACGGUAAUCUCGAAAUUUUGGGACUCCGUGGAGCCCUGGCAGGCUCGGGAACGAGCGCGGCUGCUAAAAUGGGCAACAAUGCCGCGACUGCGAACAAGAAGGUCGACGCCGCCGAGAGCGUCAAGGAGUUCCUCGACAAAGCGAAGAAAGAGUUCGAGGACAAGUGGAAGAAGAAUCCAACGAAUACAGCUGCACUCGACGAUUUCGAGCGGAUCAAGACACUUGGUACUGGCUCAUUUGGACGGGUCAUGAUCGUACAACAUAAACCAACCAAGGAAUAUUACGCUAUGAAAAUAUUGGAUAAGCAAAAAGUCGUCAAGCUUAAACAGGUCGAGCACACGCUUAACGAGAAGAGAAUACUGCAGGCUAUUAACUUUCCCUUCCUCGUAUCUUUGCGUUUUCAUUUCAAGGACAAUUCGUAUCUUUACAUGGUGCUCGAGUACGUACCCGGCGGCGAGAUGUUCAGUCACUUACGUAAGGUCGGACGUUUUUCCGAGCCCCAUUCGCGUUUUUACGCGGCACAGAUAGUCUUAGCUUUCGAAUACCUUCAUUAUCUCGACUUGAUCUACAGGGAUCUCAAGCCCGAGAAUCUUUUGAUCGAUUCUCAGGGUUAUCUCAAGGUCACGGACUUUGGAUUUGCCAAGAGGGUACAGGGUAGAACGUGGACCCUCUGCGGAACACCGGAAUAUUUGGCGCCGGAGAUCAUUUUAAGCAAGGGAUAUAACAAAGCGGUCGAUUGGUGGGCCUUAGGUGUUUUGGUAUAUGAAAUGGCAGCUGGUUAUCCACCCUUUUUCGCGGACCAACCAUUAGUCAUCUACGAGAGGAUAGUCCACGGAAAACCACGUUAUCCAUCUCACUUUGGUUCAGAUUUGAAAGAUCUAUUGCGGAAUCUAUUGCAAGUCGAUUUGACUAAAAGGUACGGUAACUUGAAAGCAGGGGUAAAUGAUAUCAAGGGACACAAGUGGUUCGCGAGUACCGAUUGGAUAGCUGUCUUCCAAAAGAGAAUAGAAGCACCGUUUAUACCAAAAUGUAAGGGUCCCGGGGAUACCAGUAAUUUCGACGACUACGAGGAAGAAACUCUGAGGAUCUCGGUUACGGAAAAGUGUGCCAAGGAGUUUGCCGAAUUUUGAAUGGUUAUCAUCGUUACCGUCAUAUCAAAAUCGGCUUUACUUCUUAUUGUCGCCGUCAGCAUCACCAAAACUAACACCAUUACAACCGUUGCUGCUGCUGCUACUGCUGCUGUUGCUGCUGUUGGUGAUGAAGAUUCAGAUUCAGAUGAUAAUGAUGAUGAUGAUGAUGAUGAUGAUGUUGUUGCUGCUGCUGCUACUGCUGCUGUUGUUGCUGGUAGAUCGUUGCUGCUGUCGUCGUUGUUUUAUCGUCGACGAUGAUACCGAUCGUUCGUCAUUGUCGUCGUCGUCGUUAUUGUCGUCGUUAGGUCAUGUUGAUCGUUACACGACGAGGGUCAAAGUGCGUGUGUGUGGGUGCGACCAAUCCAAGUCAUGGAGUAUAAUAAUAACAACACCGGAUAUAUCGAGAUAUAUAUGUGACAGGUAUCGCAUAUUUCUCGAUCGGGAUAGAAAAAUGAGAAAGAUAUCGGUCCAACGAGAGGAAUAAUAAAAAGAUCUAAAGCAAAAAAAAAAAACAAAACAAAACCCAACAAAAAAAAAAACAUAAGCAAAGUUUUCAAUGGGAUUAUAAAU